CUGACCCAGGGGCAGUUAAAGCUAAGGUUGUGUGUGGUAAAGCAUUUAUUCCGGACCAAACAUUCGGAUCGGUCAUGGCGCAGACAUUAGCACCCGCCCUGGCUGGAAUAUUGCUACUCUUAGCGGAAGUCGCGUCAGUGUCAACACGGCACAACGGCGUCCGCGAACACUACCGCCACCAUCACCACCACAGGGAACACGACUCACAUGGCGUUUGCUACCCGGGGGUGGGGUGCUUCAGCAGUAGCUACCCCUUCAACAACACCGGCGAGGUCCCACAAGACCCUCAGUUCAUCGGCACGGUGUUCCGACUGUUCACCCGGCAACGCCCGACAGUUCCCGAUGUGCUGGAGACGGGAAACAGACGGAGCCUCAUAGAGUCCACCUUCGACCACAGACUUCCGGUCAAGAUCAUCCUCCAUGGCUUUCUUGCAAGAAGCACGCUCGACUGGGUGAUGAAUCUUACCAUGGAGUUUCUUAGAAAGGAACCAAUGAACAUCAUCACCGUGGACUGGGGCCGUGGCGCAGGUUUCCCAUACAUCCAGGCCGCAGCCAACACGAGGCUGGUGGGGGCAGAAGUAGCCAAUCUGAUUCUGUUCCUCAAUCACGAGACCGGAAGCCAAAGUAGUCAGUAUCAUUUGAUUGGCCAUAGUCUUGGAGCUCACAUCUCUGGUUAUGCUGGUCACAGACUCCCAGGAACCGGCAGAAUUACAGGUUUGGAUCCAGCUGAGCCCAACUUUCAGGGUCUGUCGCCUAUGGUCCGUCUCGACCCGACUGACGCUGACUUUGUCGACGUCAUUCAUACAGACGGGUCUCCGUUCGAGACAUUGGGAGGGUUUGGAAUGAUCACGCCUGUGGGUCAUGUGGACUUCUAUCCUAAUGGCGGCGUCCAGCAACCCGGAUGUCCAGAAGACAGCUGGUCAAGCUUCAUGUCGUCUGCUUACAGUUCCGGCGUCGAAGAGGCUGAGCUGAACAUUGGCUGCAACCACAACAGAGCCAGCGAGCUGUUUGUGGAGUCUGUCAACUCCCCCUGCCCCUUCACCGCCUUCCCCUGCUCCAACAUCACCGACUUCAACAGCGGCAACUGCUUCCACUGCGGCAACAGCCCCUGCCCCGUCAUGGGUUACCCCUCCGUCCAGACCCAAGCCAGGGGGUCGUUCUACCUGGACACCAGGCCCACUCGGCCAUAUUGUGGUUACCACUACUUCGUGGCGAUGACGCUGGCAGACACCAUGACCGUCAUGCAUGGUAGCAUGGAGGUGCGACUGUUUGGCUCCCGGGGUCAGACACACCCAAUAGAGUUACACAGUGGUGCGUUCACCCCUGGGGAGGUGGUGCAGAGAGUGUUUGUGACGUCAUCAGACAUUGGCGACAUCGAGGACGUCUACGUUACCUUCCAAAGGGUCUACAGCUACUUCGACUACCUCGGCUUCUGGGGCACCGGCAACGGCGUGCAUCUACAACGUCUGACAACCGUCGCCGUGCGCUCGCACCACAGGAGGGUCUUUUGUCCAAGCCAGAGAGCGAUAAGAAGUGGGGCCAGCAUAUGGCUAUCGCACGGGGUCCAGGCAUCCAGGAGCACGUGCUGACAUCACGUGCCGAAUUAUGGAUCGUGCCUCGUAGACUGAAUGUAACCACUGACUUUGACGCUAUACAAUACGUAAUAUGCAAAUAGAAGCAUAAGAAUAACAGGAAGCACUGAAGACAUUUUUGUACAAUACUAACCUUCAUUAUACACAACAGUGGAUUGCAAUGUUUUUUGUGAAUGUCAAUUCAUUGUUUCGCCGUCUGGUUUGCAUGUACUCCAUGUAAGACACAUCACCCUUCCUGAAGUUUGCUUUCUUGUACAGGUAAUUCUUUAGAUUGAUCCAAGCACCAGCACUUCAAGCACUAGCACUUUAAGCACUACCUGUAUCCAAUCAUUUCUGUAUUCUAUACUCGUGCUAGAAUAGGCUAUACAAUUGCAGUGUUGGAAAGAUCAUCUUCCCGUGUCAAGGGAGUUAACUGACCAUAAAAGUCCAGUUCUCACCCUUGCCAAACUAGGCUGGAAUUAUGGAGUUGUAUUCUGGCUGGACAGACGAGUAUCGCACAGACAAAUCGCGUAACGAAAUCGACAUCCGGUUCGCAAACUGCCGUCCAGAUUUCGGUCAAUUGCAAGAUCUGCAAAGCAUCUGUACCGACAAAUUGGCCACAACAGAUAUUUUCCAAAUCUUUUCAUGUUUUUAAUUAAGGUGCUCAUGUGUUUUGAUGCACUUCGCAAAGUAAAACCCGUUUUAUUACAAUAUAGAUCUUGAUUAUCGAUCAGAUUGUCUUCAU